CACACUGAACACAGAGAGCUAAUUUUGGAGCCAAGCAGCGUUCAAACAACCACCUGCUCAUGCCUCUCACUGAGCUGUAGACUUCGGUGGGAAGGGGGACGGUGGGCACAGACAGCCAGAGCAGUGUGGGGGUGUGCUGAAGGAGCAGUCUGCGUCCAGGGAGAAUGUCAAGGAGCAAACAGCUACAGGACCUGCUACUCAUUAAAGAACUGGAGGUCAUCUUGGAUUCCUGCCCUGUGGGGCUCACACCGGUGGAUGAAGUCUGGCCCAACCUGUACAUAGGAAAUGUGGCUGUAGCACAGAAUAAAAAGACAUUGCAUAAGCUUAGCAUCACUCAUGUCCUGAACGCAGCGCACUCCAAGCAGGGCAGCAUUGGUGACCAGAGUUUUUAUGGGAGCACCUGCGUUUACUUUGGCAUCCCAGCGGAGGAUUCAGAGGACUUUGACCUCAGUCAGUACUUUAAACCUGCAACUGACUUCAUACACAAAGCCCUGAUGAGCAAAGAUGGAAAAGUUCUGGUGCACUGCAUCAUGGGUGUGAGUAGAUCGGCCACUUUGGUCAUAGCGUACUUGAUGCUGUGGCAGCGUCUUACUCUGAGAGAUGCUCUGAAGCAUGUUGUCCAAAAACGAGCCAUUUACCCCAACCGGAACUUCCUGUCCCUCCUCCUCAAGCUGGAUGAACAGCUGACACGAAAGAGGAGGCUGUGUCCUAUUCUCUGACAGCCUUUGCUCCUCACUGCACCUUCAUUUGAUUAAUGAACACCUCUCCAUAUGUAGAACUCCACUCUAAUUGGCGAUCAGUAGUUUGUAAAUAUGAUGUGUAAUUAGAUUUUGUUUGAUGUAGUUGCAGGUGUAAGUCUGGAGUGACCUUUAUUUAUUUAUUUUUAUUUUCGAGGUUGUCUGCUGCCUUUCUACAGUCCAGCAGCAGCAGCGCUCACACUGAGCCUUUAUGUCAUGUUUCUCCUGGUUUGUUUUUCAUAUUUAAAUCAUAUUCAAAUGUUCUCUGUGAGUGUUAGGAGUCCUGCUCACAUGCUUUGUACGGACAGUUUUAUGAAACCCAUUAAUGUUUUGUCAAAUCUCACUUAAAUUGUUUGGUCAGAUGCACACUGCAAUUUUAAACAUGUUCAAAAAUAUGUAUAUCUGACUUCUAACAAGGUUUAACCUUGAACAGUUUUCCUGAUAAGACACCUACUUUUUUAGUCAAGGAUUCCUCGAAUAAAAUAAUUAUUUGUUUCAUUUUGCUUUUUUUUUAAUUGCCAAGAGCUUACUUAAUAUUGCCUAAUCAAUCUGACAGAAACAGGUAUGUUUAAUUGCUGAGCUGUAUAUCUUAACAGUGCUCUGUUUGAUUGAGAUCUGGUGACUGUGGAGGCCAUUUGAAUUCAGUGAACUCAUUUAAAUGUUCAAGAAAGCAGUUUUUAUUGAUCUGAGCUUUGUGACACAGUCUUUCAUCCUGCUGGAAGCAGCCAUCUGAAGAUGGUACAGUGUUGUCACAAAGGGAUGGACAUGGUCAGCAACAAUACUCAGGUCAACUGUGGUGUUUAAAUGAUGCUCAGCUGGUACUAAAGGUACCAGCUGGUACCCAAAGUGUAUCAACAAAAUAUCUCUAAAAUCAUUCCAGCACCAUCAGCUUGAAUGUCGCAGCAGAAAUCGAGAUUCAUCAGAACAGCUGAUGUUUUUCCAGUGUGCUGUUGCACAAUUUUGGUGAGUCUGUGCAAACUGUUCUUUUCUGACAGGAGCCACACCCACUGUGGUCUUCUGCUGCUGUAAGCCAAAGUUAAAUGUGAUAUACGUUCGGAGGUCCUCUUCUGCAUACAUUUGUUGUAACAAGUUGACCUUGACAAGUGGUUACAUGACUUUAUACUGCCUUCGUACCAGCUUGAAGCAGUCUGGCUUCAAGAUGACCUUUUUAGACAGAGUUGUGUGGGGAAAUCACAUUAGAUAAAUGGACUGGUUCAUAUAUAGCGUUUUUCUACUUCACCUGAGCACAAAACUUCAAAAAUUCAAUAAUGUGAAGUUAUACAACUUUACACUCAUUCAUACAAGCGCUUUUCCCCCCAAGUAAGUGCUUUUUAUCUAACAUUCAUGUACACUCUUUUGGAUGCAUCACAGAGCAACUUGGAUUAGUAUCUUACCCAAGGAUAUUUGACAUAGGAGAUCUAACCACUAACUUUCCAUUUAGUAGAUGACCUGCUCUACCUCCUGAGCUGCAGCCACUUGUAGAUCAGCAGUUUCAGGAAUAGUUAAGGUUGUUGGUGCCUGUCUGCUGCCAACAACAAUGCCACAUUCAAAGUCACUUAAACCACCUUUCGUCCCCUAUCCGGUGGUUAGCUUCAACUUCAGCAGGUCACCUUCACCAUGUGUACAUGCCUGAAUGCAAUGACUAGCUGCCAUGUAAAUAUAAGUCAUUAGAUAUUUGCAUUAACAAGCAAUUAAACAGGUGUACUGAACAGACUGGCUCGUGAGUAUGUAUCGAAAUGGAAGUAGCCAUGGUGACAUUACUUACUGGUUCCUGUUUUAAAACUUUGAGUCACGGUCACAUUCUUGUACCUAAUAAAGUGGCUGGUCUGUGUACAUAAACAGUUUUAAAACGAUGGCAAAGCAAAGGUUUAUUUACUAAGUUUGGUCAUUAGUUGAACUUAGACGCAUGAAAGGCAACUCUGAAGUGGCAGUUUAAAGGGUAAUUGAUUUGUCAGGAUGAGGUUGGUAGUGUCUGGACCAACUGGAGACCUAUUACCACUGUGGGUUUUGUGUCUGCACGCAGAGGAAACCUUGAACAAC